UUUGGAGAAGACUUCACCGCUCGGGGCCGCAGCCUGGUGAGCUCAGCCCCCUCAGGUCUCCCCUACUUCCCAGCCGGGGCUUCUCCGAGACGGUGCCGAUCGAUGCCGACAAACCUGGGGGACCCUAUCGCGACUCCUUCGCGCCAUAUCGCGACAUCACCGUGCCCUGUCGAGACUCCAUUUUGUCACAGCCCUUUGCAAUAUUUAUACCUAUAUAUAUUUUUGCCCUGUCAUCUUUGGGGGCUGUCCCAUGUCGUGAUUUUGCCGUGAUCUCUCCGUGACAUCACCGCGCCAUCGUGAAGUGUGAUCUCAUCGCCGCCCUGUCGUGACUUCAUCAAUGUCGUGUUGUGACCUGGCUGCGGCGGGACAGUUGGGCAAGGCGGGCACCAUGGCCUCCGAUUGUGAGCCAGCUCUGAACUCAUCAGAGAGCCGAAACCCCACCCUGGAGCGCUACCUUGGAGCCCUCCGUGAUGCCAAGAAUGACAGCGAGCAGUUUGCAGCCCUGCUGCUAGUGACCAAGGCUGUCAAAGCAGGUGACAUCGAUGCCAAAACUCGACGGCGGAUCUUUGAUGCUGUUGGUUUCACCUUCCCCAAUCGUCUCCUGACCACUAAGGAGGCGCCGGAUGGCUGCCCUGACCAUGUCCUCCGGGCCCUGGGUGUCGCCUUGCUCGCCUGCUUCUGCAGUGACCCCGAACUGGCUGCCCAUACCCAGGUCCUGAACAAGAUUCCCAUCCUUUGCACCUUCCUCACAGCCCGGGGGGACCCCGAUGAUGCUGCCCGCCGUUCUAUGAUCGAUGACACCUACCAGUGCCUGACAGCUGUGGCAGGCACACCCCGUGGCCCCCGGCACCUCAUUGCUGGUGGCACUGUGUCUGCCCUGUGCCAGGCAUACCUGGGGCAUGGCUACGGCUUUGAUCAGGCCCUGGCGCUCCUGGUGGGGCUGCUGGCUGCUGCUGAGACACAGUGCUGGAAGGAGGCAGAGCCUGACCUGUUGGCCGUGUUACGUGGCCUCAGUGAAGAUUUCCAGAAAGCCGAGGAUGCCAGCAAGUUUGAGCUCUGCCAGCUGCUGCCCAUCUUCUUGCCCCCGACUACCGUGCCCUCUGAAUGCCUCCGGGAUCUGCAGGCUGGGCUGGCACGCAUCCUGGGCAGCAAGCUGAGCUCCUGGCAGCGCAACCCCGCUCUGAAGUUGGCAGCCCGCCUGGCGCACGCCUGUGGCUCCGACUGGAUCCCAGCGGGCAACUCUGGGAGCAAGUUCCUGGCCCUCCUGGUGAAUCUGGCCUGCGUGGAGGUCCGGCUGGCACUGGAGGAGACCGGCACUGAGGUGAAAGAGGAUGUGGUAACCGCUUGCUAUGCCCUCAUGGAGCUGGGGAUCCAGGAGUGCACCCGCUGUGAGCAGUCACUGCUGAAGGAGCCUCAGAAGGUGCAGCUCGUGAGCAUCAUGAAGGAAGCCAUUGGGGCUGUCAUCCACUACCUGCUACAGGUGGGGCAGGAGAAGCAGAAGGAGCCCUUCGUGUUUGCUUCGGUGCGGAUUCUGGGCGCCUGGCUGGCGGAGGAGACCUCGUCUCUGCGCAAAGAGGUCUGCCAGCUGCUGCCCUUCCUGGUGCGCUACGCCAAGACUCUCUACGAGGAGGCUGAGGAGGCCAAUGACCUCUCCCAGCAAGUGGCCACCCUUGCCAUCUCCCCCACCACCCCAGGACCCGCCUGGCCAGGGGAUGCUCUCCGACUUCUUCUACCCGGCUGGUGCCACCUGACAGUUGAGGAUGGGCCCCGGGAGAUCCUGAUCAAGGAGGGGGCGCCCUCCCUUCUGUGCAAGUAUUUCCUGCAGCAGUGGGAGCUCACGUCACCCGGCCACGACACCUCAGUGCUGCCCGACAGCGUGGAGAUCGGCCUGCAGACCUGCUGCCACAUCUUCCUCAACCUCGUGGUCACCGCUCCGGGGCUGAUCAAGCGUGAUGCCUGCUUCACGUCGCUCAUGAACACCCUGAUGACGUCGCUGCCCGCACUGGUGCAGCAGCAGGGGCGGCUGCUGCUGGCUGCCAACGUGGCCACCCUGGGCCUCCUCAUGGCCCGUCUCCUCAGCACCUCUCCAGCUCUCCAGGGAACACCCGCCUCCCGAGGCUUCUUCGCGGCUGCCAUCCUCUUCCUGUCGCAGUCCCACGUGGCCCGGGCCACACCUGGCUCAGACCAGGCAGUGCUGGCCCUGUCCCCCGACUACGAGGGCAUCUGGGCCGACCUGCAGGAGCUCUGGUUCCUGGGCAUGCAGGCCUUCACGGGCUGCGUGCCACUGCUGCCCUGGCUGGCCCCGGCCGCCCUGCGCUCCCGCUGGCCGCAGGAGCUGCUGCAGCUGCUAGGCACUGUCAGCCCCAACUCCGUCAAGCCUGAGAUGGUCGCCGCCUAUCAGGGGGUCCUGGUGGAGCUGGCCCGGGCCAACCGGCUGUGCCGGGAGGCCAUGAGGCUGCAGGCAGGUGAGGAGACGGCCAGCCACUACCGCAUGGCUGCCCUGGAGCAGUGCCUCUCUGAGCCCUGAGGGGUGACCACUGGGGACAUACCUGGGGGCAGGCAGCUAGGGAAGGAGGGAGGAGGCAUCUUCCCUGAAGCCCCCAAACUGGAACCCCCUCUCCCUAAACUUUCCCUCCCGAAACACCCCAGCUUUCUGGCUUUUCCGAGGGCAAGGGCACAGUUGCCUACCCCUCACGUGUAAGGAACCGCGUCCCGCCCCCCUGGGUCCCCACACAGGGGUAGGGAUCGGCUUGGAAAUCCACGUGGCUGUCCCCGGCCAGGCCGGGGGGGAAGGUUGGAGUAGCCCCCUGGGAGAGGGGUGCAAGGUGUUAAUUGUGCCUGAUGUCUGAGGCCCCAGGGGGGGACAGGGCUGGCAGGAGCUGGCUGCGUUGGCCCAUGUGCCCUGCCGGCCAGGGCGUGGGCUCCCCUAGGUUGUGGUGCCCCCUCUGGCCUCAUGUCCUUUAAUUGGCCCCCUGGGCUGAAAGCAGGCUCAGGGCGUUGACGUUGCAGUUCUUCCUGUCAGCUUCAGUAACCCAGGGUCUGAGCUGCCCCGCCUUCCAGGGAAAUGGGCAGACAGGCCUAGUGGGUGUGGGGAGACCUUCCACCCGAGCUUCCCAAGGGGACCCAGGAGUCCGUGCACCCUGGUCUUGAAGCUUUUGUGUCGUGUUGCAGCAGAGUGAUGCUGGGGGUUGGGGGGAUAUUUAUUUUGCCUGUCCUUAUCCCUGCUUGGACACCUGAGCAUCUGAUCCCUGUUCCCCUGGUGCCACCUGGCCAGGCUGGAGCCAGGAACUAGAGGGACACUUCCCCAGAAUCCGCAUGUUUCCCUAGUGACUGCACCCCACUGCCAUCGUGGUGCCUGGCUUUAAUUCCACCCCUGCUUAUGACUCCUGCAGAGAGACGCGACUGGCGGCUCCAGCAGGGACGCUACCUUUCUUAUGAACCCCAGGGGACACCCCCCUCACCUGAUCCCUUGCUUUCCUCCCCCCUUCCCUCCCCCAGUGCGUUCUGUGAUCGCCAAGUUCAAAGCUGUGCACAUGUGGACACUCAAUAAACGUUCUACUGGUGACAAA